AUGCAACACGGAAAACAUGGGAAGAACGCAUGGCCGGAGCUUGUGGGAAAAAAUGGAGACUAUGCGGCUUCGGUGAUAGAAAGUGAGAACACCAGAGUCGAUGCAGUCGUGAUUUUGGAUGGAACUCCAGUGACUGCAGACUUCAGAUGCGACCGGGUCAGGGUUAGGGUUGAUGGAAACCGGAAGACCACAUGGCCGGAGCUUGUGGGAACAAAUGGAGACUAUGCAGCUACGGUGAUAAAAGGAGAUAACCCAAGUCUCAAUGUUGCCGUGUUUGUGAACGGAGCUUUCGUGUCUGGAGACCUCAGGUGCGACCGCGUUAGGGUUUGGGUUGAUGGUAACCGGAUCGUCGUCAAAGUUCCUACCGCUGGCUAG